UAGGCAGUUUCCGCGCUGAAUAGGAAGUGUGGGCUCAUAGCAGCGAGGGGGUAUAAUACAGCAACACUAAUAACACACGUAAAAUAUACCGCGGCAGAGCCAGCCAAUGGUACACACCUAGCAAGUUUGCACCGAGUAUCGUGACCGAAGAGGAACAUGGCCGAUAAAGAAGUGUAUGACGACGCUGUGGAGGAAAGAGUCAUCAAUGAAGAGUACAAGAUUUGGAAGAAAAAUACGCCAUUCCUAUAUGACCUGGUGAUGACACAUGCCCUGGAGUGGCCCAGUCUCACUGUCCAGUGGCUUCCAGAUGUCACCAGGCCGGAGGGAAAGGAUUACGCAGUCCACAGACUGGUUCUGGGAACCCACACAUCAGAUGAGCAGAACCACCUUGUCAUUGCCAGCGUCCAGGUGCCCAACGAUGAUGCCCAGUUUGAUGCCUCACAUUACGACAGUGAGAAAGGAGCAGAGUUUGGUGGGUUUGGUUCAGUAAGUGGCAAAAUAGAGAUUGAGAUCAAGAUCAACCACGAGGGAGAGGUGAACCGAGCCCGUUAUAUGCCCCAGAGUCCUUGCAUCAUUGCGACAAAGACCCCUACAUCUGAUGUCCUGGUCUUUGACUAUACCAAACACCCGUCUAAGCCAGAUCCCAGUGGAGAAUGUAGCCCAGACUUGAGGCUAAAAGGCCACCAAAAAGAAGGUUAUGGCCUCUCCUGGAAUCCCAACCUGAGUGGCAACCUACUCAGCGCCUCUGAUGACCAUACCAUUUGUCUGUGGGACAUUGGGUCAGGCCCAAAGGAAAGGAAGAUCGUGGAUGCCAAAACCAUCUUUACUGGCCACACAGCAGUUGUAGAGGAUGUCUCCUGGCAUUUACUUCAUGAAUCCCUAUUUGGUUCUGUGGCUGAUGACCAGAAACUGAUGAUAUGGGACACUCGCUCUAACAACACAUCCAAAGCCAGCCAUGCUGUAGAUGCACACACCGCAGAGGUCAACUGUUUGAGCUUCAACCCUUACAGCGAGUUCAUUCUUGCCACUGGGUCUGCUGACAAGACUGUUGCACUGUGGGAUCUGAGGAACCUCAAACUGAAGCUCCAUUCCUUUGAAUCCCACAAAGAUGAAAUAUUUCAGGUGCAAUGGUCUCCUCACAAUGAGACAAUCCUGGCCUCCAGCGGCACUGAUCGGCGUCUGAAUGUGUGGGAUCUAAGUAAAAUCGGGGAGGAGCAGUCCGCUGAAGAUGCGGAAGAUGGCCCACCGGAGCUGCUGUUCAUCCAUGGUGGCCACACAGCCAAAAUCUCAGACUUUUCCUGGAACCCUAAUGAACCCUGGGUCAUCUGUUCAGUUUCUGAAGACAACAUCAUGCAAGUCUGGCAGAUGGCAGAGAAUAUCUACAAUGAUGAGGAGCCGGACACCCCGGCAUCAGAGUUGGAGGCCCAGGGAUCAUAAGCCACUUUGUACAGUAUCUUUUCAACCCCCCCCGUCCUGAACUCCUAACCCGUCAUUCUCCUCUCUGCCUCAUUUCCACUGCAACAUCAGUCAUUUGUAGGGUUUUUAAUUUUUCUUCAUUGCAAUAUUUUUGCAGUUAACUUGCCAUUACUGUUUUUUAUGUGCUGUUUAUCUGAAAUAGAUAUUUUUCACAUUAUAAUAAUGCAGGAGCCGACAACAAUGCUUGCUUUAAAUGAAUGCUUGUUGUUUGGUUGUAUUCAGUGAUCCAGAAGAUGAGCCACUGUUUUCCACCAUGUUCUUCACAAUACUUAAACAGUAGGCUAUGUAAUUAAAGAUAUCCUGAAAGACAGAGUUUGGGCCUACAAGCAGUGACCAGGGGCGGGGCCAUACUGCACAUUUUGGUAUCGAUGCGAUUUUAUGUAAAUGCAGGGAUGGUAUCGAUACUUUUUACUAUACAUUUUUCAAGCUCAUUGAAUUAUUUUGGGACUAUAAUUGUGCCUAUAAUUUGUUGAUGAUCAAAAUUGGAAUAAAAGAUCGGACACAUUUUAGGCAAACGAUAUUUUUAAAAUAAAUAAAAAAAAUAUUUGUGAGCAGUGUAAUAAAAAAUAAAUACAACAGUAUAAGAUAAUGCAACAAUAUCAAUUCAAUAAUACAGUUAUAAAAUUUUAUUACAAACAUUUGUUGAGCAAAAUAAAGUCAGCGGUGCAAAAUAAGUCAAUAAAAGCAAAAACUACUAUUGGGCCUCAUUCAGAUACAGUAGUUGUCUGCACAUUUGCUAGCAUAUUUGGGUAUUAACCCUUGAUUAUGUUGCGAGUGAGCAGUGAUAAUCGAAGAGAAAAGGAGUGGGUUCUGGAGCUGAAUCUAAUCUAAAAAUUACAAGUCACUUUUAUUGCAAAUGUUGAUCAGCGAUCGCAGUAUAAUGUCAAUGUCAAGCUAGCAAGAGGGUUUGGAGGUGGGAGGAGCGAGUCGUGUCCAAAAUAGACCUGUUGGCGUAUCAAUCAAGGUUUUUCGCUAUUAGCUGCUGGUCCCAGAAAAUAAACCCAGUUUGAUGGAGCUAGUCAGGAUUAGUUGUAAUAACAGGCAGUUAGCAACACAACCAAGCAUGGGAUGCAAUAAAUCAUAAUAAAUUAGAAGGGUGUGGUUCUCAGUGGACAAAGAGGAAGCAAUCUGUUGACCGAACAUAUUGUAUAUUAACAUGCUUGGAUUGACUUGCGGUGUACCACAGGGGUCAAUACCGGAACGAGAGUUUUUUUUCAUUCAUCCAUCUUCAAUGCCGCUUAUACUCAUUAGGGUCGCCGUUAUGCUGGAGCCUAUCCCGGCUGUGUUAAGGCAAGAUGCGGGGUACAUCCUGGACUGGUUGCAGAGUUGUUUGUUUUAUACAUAAAUUCAGUUUGUAAGGCCGCAGAGAAGUGAGUAAAUCAUCAUGAAGUGAAGAUACUAGUAUUAUCAGCAGAUGACAAUACUGCAUUUUAUAAUUGUUUAAAUGGAGUUCUCUGGGGGAAGACCAGUCUAAACAUUUCUUAUUGAAUCCAGGGGCUCUGUGGAAUCACCUUUAGUUUCACUUUACACCAUUUUGUGUUUUGUUGUCACCUUCGCCCCACAACCUCAACCACACCCCAUUACCAACAAAUUGCAAUAAAGAUUUUGUAACUUUUCCAAAAA